AUGACCGCCAAACCUCGAAUCCGCAUCGGCUACGUGCCAGAACACUAUUUGACGCCUCUACACUUGGCACUCCGCUCAUCGGGUGCAUCGGCCUUGUCGUGCGAAGUUACCUUGAUUCCAUUUCCUUCCGGCACGGGACAUAUGAUCACCUCGCUGCGUAGCAAUGAGAUCGAUCUCGCUAUUGGCUUGACUGAGGGGUGGGUUGCAGGUCUUACCGGCAAGACUCAACCUCAGAACCCGGCUGAGGGAGGAUACAAAGUCGUUGGUCACUGGGUAGACAAUCCUUUACGCUGGGCGGUUGUGACCGGUCGCAACCGCGACAAUAUCAACGGUGUGCCAGACCUGAAGGAUCAGCGAGUCGGUGUCAGCCGACUGGGAAGCGGCUCUCAUGUCAUGUCUUUUGUUCUCGCUCAACAACAGGGCUGGAAACCCGACGGCUUGACCACCGUACCACUGGGUCCUUUUGGUGCUCUUCGAAAUGGCGUGACAGGUCAGGAUGAAGCCAAAUUCGACCAAGAGGCCAACCCCACCGCCGAGUUCUUCAUGUGGGAGCAUUUCACGACCAAGCCAUUCUUCCACCCAAAUUCCGAGAAGCCGAACCCCCCGUUGAAGAAGAUUGGAGAAAUCUUCACGCCCUGGCCAUCAUGGAUGAUCGUCGCUUCUACCGCUGUGUUCCCCGACCCGCAGCAGGAUUCGCGUUUACAGCAAUUGUUUCAGAUAUUGGAUAAAGGCAUUCAAGAGUUUGAAGCGAACACUAGCCAAGUUGUGACGCUGCUUGGAACCGGGGAGCUUGGGUGUCAUUACAUCGAGGAAGAUGCUAAGGAGUGGCUCAAGGAUGUCAAGUUUACUAAUGAUACUCGCGGAGUCGAUCACAAGGUCAUUGAAGGCGUCGUGGAUGUACUCAAAGUGGCGGGUGUUAUUGAUACUGCGAUGAGCAACGACGAGGCUGUGCGGCGCGUGGUUGGUAUCCCACGUUAA